AUGCCCAAGCAAACAGCAGUGACGAUUACUUUGGCAACCCUGCUGGGUAUUGCAGUGGGGGGCCUGAUUUUGUGGAAAGCAACCCAGCGUCGUAAAGGAAAAGCAUGCUGUAGUAGUCAGCGAGAGGAAGCAGUUAUAAACUCGGGAGAUGAGAAAGUGAUUAAGGCAGAGGAUAAGGAGGUGCUUUCCUUCUUCAGAUCUCCCAUCUUUUCCUGGGUAGAGAGAACCCUUGGUGCAAACAUAGUGAUAGUUUCAGAGCAGGAGGAGUGGGACCGUGUUGAACCUUUGCUGAAGAAGGAGCUGGAGAAGUGGCCAGUGCUUGGAAUGGAUUGUGAAUGGGUAUCUGUGGAGGGAAAAGCAAAUCCUGUGUCCCUCCUACAGAUGGCUUCUUCCAGUGGCCUCUGCAUUCUUGUUCGGUUGCCCAGGCUUGUUGCUGGUGGACAAACUGUCCCAAAGUCCCUGUUGGACAUCCUGGCAGAUAGUGCUGUGUUGAAAGUUGGGGUAGGAUGCUGGGAAGAUGCUUGCAAGUUACUUCGUGAUUAUGGCCUUCCAGUCAAAGGGAAUGUGGAUCUCCGGUAUUUAGCCGUGAGACAGCGGAAGGAUCUACUUCAUGACUGCCUUAGCCUUAAGUCUUUAGCUGAAAAAGUCCUGAACUGCCCGCUUGACAAGUCUCCUCAUGUGCGUUGCAGCAACUGGGAGGCAGAAGAACUGACGCAAGAUCAGGUUCUCUAUGCUGCUAGAGAUGCCCAGGUCUCAGUGGCUCUGUUCCUCAGUUUGCUGGGAUUUGCCAGCCUUCCUGCAACAUUUGAAGGUGAAAACUCUGUCACUGCUUGGGAAAAAGUACUGGGUAAAUGCCGGGGCUUGGUGGAUAUCCCAUUUAGAGGAAGAAAGAAUGGCAGCACAGGAGAGGAGAAGAGUGGAGAGGGACGCUCCCCUCAGAAAACAAGGAAUCGGAAAUCUUCGGUGAGUGGCCCACCCUCUGGCAGUCACCAAGUGAGAGAUCCGCGGAGGCAGAAGCGAAAGCCUCUAGGUGUGGGAUAUUCUGCACGAAAAUCUCCUCUAUAUGACAACUGCUUCCUACAUGCACCAGAUGGACAGCCCCUGUGCACUUGUGAUCGCAAGAAGGCUCAGUGGUAUCUGGACAAGGGGAUCGGAGAGCUAGUUAGCACAGACCCAUUUGUUGUGAAGCUGCGGUUUGAGCCUUCAGGGCGUCCUGAGUCUCAAGUUGAUUAUUAUCUGACAGUCAAAGAGAACCUGUGUGUUGUAUGUGGCAAGCGAGAAUCCUAUAUCCGGAAGAACAUUGUUCCUCAUGAAUACCGAAGACACUUCCCCAUCCAGAUGAAGGACCACAACUCCCACGACGUUCUCCUACUCUGCACAUCCUGCCAUGCCAUCUCCAACUACUAUGACAACCACCUCAAGCAGCAGCUGGCUGAGGAGUUCGGUGCCCCCAUCGGCUCUGAGGAAGGCGUUCGCCUGCUGGAGGACCCUCUGCGCAGGCAAGUGCGCUCGGGGGCCCGAGCCCUGCUGAAUGCAGACAGCCUGCCUGACCCACGGAGGGCAGAGCUUCUGCAAAGCAUCAAGGACUUCUUUAACACAGAGGCAGUUACCCCAGAGAUGCUCCAGGAAGCAGCUGGUCUGGAAACCAGGAUCUGCAAUGAGAGCUACAUGCCACAUGGACUGAAGGUGGUGCAGUGUUUUGCUAAAGGAGGCCUGCGCUCCCUUAUGCAGCUGGAGAGACGCUGGCGGCAGCAUUUCUUGGACAGCAUGCAGCCCAAGCACCUCCCAGAGCAGUGGUCAGUGGAUCAUAACCACAUGAAGUUGAUCCGAAAGUAUGGGGAGGAUCUUCAGAUCGAGCUGUCGUGAAACUAACUUCCUGGACUUUAGGUAGCGUCUAGUGGACAUAUGUAACUGAAGGUGGAAGGACUGUUUUUAUUUCUCUGUCCCCACUGACAUCUGGGCCUGGGUUUGCAGACAGGCAGCAGCAGAUCUGCCACAUUUGGUGUUUUAUAGAGUUAAAUCCGUUGACUUGAAUUUUCACAUGGUUUGGAAUUUUUAAUCCUAGUAUGUCACUGACUAGUUCAGUGCAGGAGCGAUAUGCUAAGGGACCUUGUCUUCUCAAGGUGACUAUGGGAGUUAUUUUCUACUCCCCAGGAUGUCUGCUUCCUCCAGACCAUCUCUUUUAACACAGAGCACAAUAUAUGAACAUUUUCAGGUUUUCUGACAGAUAAUCUGUGCCCUUGGCUGCAC